AUGGCCUCAUCUAAUGAUCUCCCGCAGGGCUCUUUCCUGAGUCCCCUCAUUGUGACGAAUCCUAAUGGAAGAGAUCGAUCUCUAUCCGUUUCAUCUGCAGCAGCAUCUUCAUCAUGGUCCGGUCCAACAGAUCAUGACCAUAGUCCAACAUCUCCCACAUCAUCUCUAUCACCAGAUAUGGCAUGGAAUCAAGAUUCAGCACGGCUGAUGGUCCAUCCAGCCUCGCAUCGACCUUCAUCGUCCAUCGAUGGCGAUACUUUACGUCCGCGUUCGGACUCGUUCGCAUCUACUGCGAACUUGACGGUCCGCUCGAGGGCAAACUCGGAAGUUGAUCCCGCCGUUGUUGCUAAAGCAUACGAUGAUGUCCCGCUGGCGGAGGCAUUAACGCCUGAUCCUCGCAACGAGGCCGAUUUUCAGGUUGACGAUAAUCGCUUCGCGUUCUCGCCGGGCCAGUUGAAUAAGAUGCAGAACCCCAAGUCUCUUGCUGCUUUACAUGCUCUUGGUGGGCUGCAGGGACUCGAACGGGGUCUUCGCACUGAUCUUAAUGCGGGUUUAUCUGUCGAUGAGGGUCGAUUAGAAGGCACUGUCGCUUUUCAGGAAGUGGCUCCGCCUGUAUACAGCCAGCGACCCUCUAUUAGCAAGCCUUCGCUGGGCUCUAGCCCUGCAACAGCAGUACCUGCAUUGACUGGUGAUGGGUCUUCUUUCGAGGACCGCAUUCGCGUGUUCAGUGAGAAUAGGCUACCGGCUCGAAAGUCGACUGGCUUCUUCAAGCUGUUUUGGAUUGCUUAUAACGACAAGAUUAUUAUACUUUUGACGAUUGCCGCCAUCGUGUCAUUGUCGCUUGGUAUAUAUGAAACGGUGUCUGCGGGCACUGGUGUGGAAUGGGUUGAAGGAGUGGCCAUCUGUGUGGCUAUUUUGAUCGUCACCAUCGUCACUGCUGUCAAUGAUUGGCAGAAAGAAAGACAAUUUACGAAACUGAACAAGCGAAAUAACGACCGCGAGGUCAAAGUCGUUCGCUCGGGCAAGUCGAUGAUGAUAUCUGUCUACGAUAUCCUAGUCGGCGACGUCCUCCACCUCGAGCCCGGUGACUCGAUUCCCGCAGAUGGGGUUCUGAUCUCAGGCUAUGGUAUCAAAUGCGAUGAAUCAUCUGCUACCGGCGAGUCCGAUCAAAUGAAAAAGACCGGUGGCCAGGAAGUCUGGCUACAGAUCGUCGAGGGCCGGGCAACUAAGAAGCUCGAUCCGUUCAUGAUUUCCGGUAGUAAGGUUCUUGAAGGCGUCGGUACCUACCUGGUAACCAGUGUUGGGCCUUAUUCGACAUAUGGUCGGAUUAUGUUGUCUCUGCAAACGACUAACGAUCCCACUCCGCUUCAAGUGAAGCUGGGGCGGUUGGCUAACUGGAUUGGAUAUUUGGGUUCAGCUGCCGCCAUCAUUCUAUUCUUUAUCCUCUUGUUCCGAUUUAUUGCCGACCUUCCGAAUCAUCCUAAUGUAAGCCCUGCUGAGAAGGGCAAGGAGUUUGUGGAUAUUUUGAUUGUUGCCGUAACUGUUAUCGUCGUUGCUAUUCCCGAGGGUCUUCCAUUGGCCGUUACACUUGCUCUGGCGUUUGCUACAACUCGCAUGGUCAAAGAAAACAACCUUGUCCGUGUACUUCGAGCUUGCGAAACAAUGGGGAAUGCCACGGUUAUUUGCUCGGAUAAGACAGGAACCCUAACACAAAAUAAAAUGACAGUCGUUGCUGGUACCUGGGGCUCAGAUCAAAGCUUCAGCCAGCCGUCUGAGAGUGAGACCGGCACCGAUGCUAUGACCACCUCAGAAGUCUUCCAGCAAUGCUCUGCCCCAGUUCGAGACCUAAUUGUCAAAAGUGUUUCUUUGAACUCGACUGCUUUUGAAGAAGAUAAAGAUGGACACAAAGACUUUGUCGGAAGCAAGACCGAGGUCGCGCUCCUCCAGCUGGCCCAGGAUUACUUGGGUAUGGAUCUCGCCUCGGAGCGGGGAUCUACCAAGAUUGUCCAGCUUUUUCCAUUCGAUUCUGCACGUAAGUGCAUGGGUGUCGUAUAUCGGCACCCCGGUGUUGGAUACCGCCUCCUAGUUAAGGGCGCGGCCGAGUUGAUGGUCGGCGCUUGCUCUACCCAGAUCACAGAGAUCGACAUUUCGAAGGAGACCAUCCACACGGAAGGACUCUCCGAUCAGGAUAGACAGAAGAUUCUUGGGACCAUUGAGCGAUAUGCCCGGGGAUCCCUUCGCACGAUCGGAAUGGUCCAUGGUGACUUUGCAUCUUGGCCGCCCAAGAAUGCUAAGAAGCUAGAAGACGACCAGUCUGCUGCCGACUUCGACAGUAUCUUCCACAACAUGACUUGGGUUGGAGUAGUUGGGAUUCAAGAUCCCCUUCGCCCCGAGGUCCCGUCUGCCAUUCGGAAGUGUCACUCCGCAGGAGUCCAGGUCAAGAUGGUGACUGGUGACAAUGUUGCAACUGCCACUGCAAUCGCGACAUCUUGCGGUAUCAAGACUGAAGACGGAUUGGUCAUGGAAGGUCCCAAGUUCCGACAACUGUCGGAUGAUGAAAUGGAUCAAGUCAUUCCCCGCCUGCAAGUCCUUGCGCGGUCUUCACCAGAGGAUAAGCGCAUUCUCGUGGAGCGACUCAAGGCCCUUGGUGAGACGGUUGCUGUCACUGGUGAUGGCACUAACGAUGGGCCUGCUCUGCAGACUGCCGACGUUGGCUUCUCCAUGGGUAUUGCUGGCACCGAGGUGGCCAAGGAAGCGAGCUCAAUUAUUCUUCUGGAUGACAACUUCAGCUCCAUAGUCACUGCGAUUUCUUGGGGGCGUGCGGUCAAUGAUGCCGUUGCCAAAUUCCUGCAGUUCCAGAUCACCGUCAAUAUCACAGCUGUGACCUUGACUUUUGUGUCAUCUGUAUCCAGCAGCUCGAAUAGCAGUGUUCUGAAUGCCGUGCAGCUGCUUUGGGUGAACCUGAUCAUGGACACUUUUGCUGCUCUUGCACUUGCUACCGACGCCCCGACCGAGAAGAUUCUAGAGAGGAAACCCGUGCCCAAGAGUGCCUCUCUAUUCACAUUGACUAUGUGGAAAAUGAUUCUCGGCCAAGCAGUCUAUCAACUGGCCGUGACCUUCAUGCUCUACUUCGCCGGCGAUAAACUUCUCAACGCACACCUCGACCAGAACGACGCAGCACUGCGAGCAAAGCAGCUCUCAACGGUCGUCUUCAAUACCUUCGUCUGGAUGCAGAUCUUCAACGAGUUCAACAACCGCCGUCUGGACAAUCGCUUCAACAUCUUCGAAGGUAUGUUCCGGAAUUACUGGUUCCUGGGCAUCAACCUUGUAAUGGUCGGCGGCCAAAUCAUGAUCGUAUACGUCGGCGGCCAGGCAUUUGGCGUGACUCGAAUCUCCGGUAUUCUUUGGGCUGUUUGUUUGAUCUGCACGCUGGGUUGUCUGCCAUGGGCUGUGGUUCUGCGCAUGGUCCCCGACCGCCACUUUGGCGUUGUGUUUAAUGCAGUUGUCGCUGGGAUGAAUGUCAUCCUGCGACCGCUGUCCAAGGGAUUCAAGGUCCUUGUUCGCGGUAUAAGGGCUUUCUUUCAGCCUGCGUCACGGUUCAUUCGCCGUUUGAUUUUCCGAAAGGACUCGAAGUCCACCGAUACCCCUCUUGAAUCGACUGGGACCCUCGAGACUCCCGCUUCGGACGAGGAAUCCCAUCGAUCCUCGACAAAAUUAGCUCGACUAGAGAGCCACGAACGUCCCCAGACGGCGCCUACCAUCGCGGUGCCUCCUAUCACUGUUACGACAUCUCCUUAG